CUGGAGGUGGUGGAGUGAAGGCGUGAGUCCAGAGUCCUCAAUACAACAGCCGCAAUGUUGACCACCAUACUGAUGCUGGCGACCGCCGCUGCCGCCCUGGACACACAGAACCUGACUGCCUUGUUCCACGAGGCGCUGGCCAAUGACGGGUCGCUGCAGUCGUCAGUGGGGGUGAGCGGUCAACUGGCAGACCUGGAGCUGGUGUACCUACGGCGCCACCCGGGUACCCCGCCCCAUCCCACCAAGCCCCAACCAUCCCUCUUCUUCAACAUCCCCACCAAGCGCCAACCCCCAGCACCCCCUCUGUUCUACUCCUUCACAGCGUUCCGCAGACGGUACAGACUGCGGCUACGGCCGAUGACUCACCUGGUGUCGCCCAGUGCCCACCUGAGGGUGGUGGGCGGGCCACAGCUCAUUCCACCCACACCCUUCACGCCCAUGCUCUGCCACUACACCCACGUCGACGACGAUAUCACCGCCGCUCUCAGCGCUUGUAAACCCAGGACACUGGCCGGGUACGUGGUAAGCCGCAAUACUACACUGGAGUUGCGGCCGUUGGAAGGCGCGGCAGCCGAUGCCUUGCACCACGCCAUCAGCAAGCGUGGUGGGAGCAAGUACACGUCCCAGAGUGUACCGCACCUAGUGAGACGCGUCCCUAGGUCCUCCCCGUCCCGCCCUGAACCCUCUAUGAUGGAACUAGAGAUUCCACCUCCAGCCUGUAAGGAGUCCAUCGGGAACGCCAUCCCAAGCGAAAUGGAGUUCGACCAAGGAGAGAUCUUCACCGUGCCUCCCGAGGCCUGGCACAAGACCACACUCACGGAGACAACUACCACUACCCGUCCCUCGCCCCGCCCUGGGGGGCAGCUCCUAGGAGGAGGCCUCGAGGAACAGCCUUUAAAAGGAGUCCCUGAAGGACGCUUACUCCCGCCACAUGAAGUCCUGAAAAGAAGUAUUGAGGUGGAAAUGUUUGGACAGGUCAACUCACAGACACUCGACGGUGAUCGUGAACUCCAGCAGAAGAGGGAGAUGGACCAGGAGGCCAGACCUAUUGUGUUCCCUCCCACACACCCAGGUAGUGUUGCUGCCUGGGACGUGGUGAGGAGAAGUGAAGGAAGCAGCAGAGAACCCAAGCCAAUGCGGGGCGUCGACCGUCAACCUAAACCCAUCAUCUUCGCCACCACCACCACCAGUCCCUCAGAUAAGAUAGCGGACGCUGCUGGGGACGUGGUGAGGAGAAGUGAAGGAAGCAGCAGAAAACCCAAGCCAAUGCGGGGCGUCGACCGUCAACCUAAACCCAUGAUCAUCGCCCCCACCCCCACCCCCACCAGUCCUCCAUCAGGUAUUGAUGAUGCAGAUGAUGUGGCCAUGGACGCUGCUGGGGACGUGGUGAGGAGAAGUGAAGGAAGCAGCAGAGAACCUAAGCCAAUGCGGGGCGUCGACCGUCAACCUAAACCCAUGAUCUUCGCCACCACCACCACCACCAUUCCUCCAUCAGCCACGACAGCAACCCAGGACUCAGAUGCCUCACAACACGACCAACAUGAGGUGAAGAAGAGGAGUCAAAGCAAGACCAUUGAGCUGGGGGUGUUCGUCGACCAGGCGGCCUACGAUCUCUUCUUUCCCUACCUGGGCUCCAGCGUGGCCCUUACAGAGUUCAUCCUCGGCUACAUUAACGGAAUCCAGGCGCUGUUUCACCAUCCGACGCUGGGUCAGAAGAUCCAGCUGGUAAUCAACUACAUCGAGCUGAUGGCCAAGCAGCCGACAAACCUGGUGCACUUUGGGGGCGACCGAGAAAAACUGUACGACUCCUUCAGGCUGUACAACGCAGAGAAGACCAAGAGCUCGGAAAACAUGGUGGAUGUGCAGCCCUGGGAUAUAGGUAUUCUUAUUUCCGGGCACAACUUCUAUAGUACGAAGGGCAAGAACGGGAAGCCAUCAUACUCCUCUAUGGGGUUGGCGGCGGUGCGGGGCGUGUGUCAUCCGGACUACAGCGCCGUCAUUGUGGAGUUGGGCGUCACGGAUACCUGGGGAAAGCCGUACACCACUGCCGGCUUCGCCUCAGUCUACGUCAUGGCCCACGAGAUCGGCCACAACGUGGGGAUGCUGCACGACGGUUUCGGUAACUCGUGCCCCAAGAACGGUUACAUCAUGUCAGCGUCGAGGUCUACCAGCGGGGAAACCAACUGGUCCUCCUGCUCCCGUGAGAUCCUGGAGACCAUCAAAGCGCCAUGCCUGAGUGAGGUCAUGGUGGAGCCCACCCGACACGACCACCACAAAUACAAGCAACUGCCUGGCCAGACCUGGGAUGCUUACGACCAGUGCCGCAUCUUCCUCAGGGACAAGGAGGCCACACUCUACAACCAGACCCUCGACCAGAACGUGUGCAAGACAGUAAUGUGCCGCAGCCCAAAUCGCAUCGGCUACUUCAAGGCUGGGCCAGCUCUGGAUGGAACCUUCUGUGGCAACAGCAGUUGGUGUAUUGCUGGGGAGUGUGCACCAUGGUCGCUAGCAGAAGCUCCACCGGUGGUAAAGGGAGGCUGGGGACCCUGGCAUCACACACCCUGUACCUCUGGCUGCCUCAUUGAUGCUCUCGGCAUCCAGGUUUCAAAGCGCAAUUGUUCCGACCCUAAGCCAAUGAACACUGCUGACCCUUGCCUCGGCAUCUCCACAAGACUCAAAACCUGCGACGACGACAAGGUGUGUAAUGGUAACAAGAUAUCCGUGAAGGAGUAUGCAAACAACAAGUGUAAAGAGUUCUCCACAGUGGUGACAGAUCUUCAACACAGAGGUGCCCAAGCUCCUCACAACCCAACUCGUCAGUGGCAGGCAUGUGCCAUCUUCUGUCAGCGAGCUUCAGGAACAUGGUAUUCUCCUCGAACUGAUCUCAGCUACUUGCCACAUUUUGAUACCUACUUCCCUGAUGGCACUCCCUGCCAUGUAGAAGCUGGAAAACAGUUCUACUGUCAACGUCACCAGUGCCUUCCCUUGGGUGAGCGUGAAGCAAAGGCAAUGGAAAAUCCAGACCCAGAGUGGGAUGUUCACGUGUACCAAAAUGCUCCGCCACAACCUUCCAACAACACCGUCCCUGAACAAGUUGCCAGGAUCUUCGAGCUAAAUAAAAAUAUGGAUCCACUUCAGUCUGAGCCCCUGGACCUUUACCAUGUGGAGGAUGAGACCCUGUGGGAAGAUGAUGAUUAUCUCCAUGUGUGAUAAGGCGCCAUUCGCAGCACAGUGGAGCUUGGCAACCACUAUGAAUCCAAAAAUAGAAGCAAACAACUGUCCUGUAUUUGUGUACAGAAUAAGAAUCUUUGAGAGCAUGAUAAAUAUCGUGAACCGAAUCUGCCAUAGCAACCAAUUACGCCACUCCUUAUAUUCCCCCUCAUACAGUGAAAACCUCCAUAUAACCAACUCAUCUCUCCAUAUAAUCCGUGAGAUGGGGGAUUUCACAUCUAACGGACCCUCGAUAUAAUGGCCUUUCAUCUUUACAUACAGUAGUUUGUUAGCUGGAGGUUUUACAUCUAACAUAACUUAGAUAUAAUGGAAUUUCCUCUCCACAUAGUCUGUUAAAUACACCAUAUAUUAUCCACAUGCACACACCAUUCUAAUCCUCUUAAUAUAUACAGCAUUUUUUUUGCCCGAAUAGACAAUUUUCAGUUGGUGGUGACGUAUGAAGGUCAAUGAAUGACAUUUUGCAAUCUGAAUUAACAGUUGUAAAACAUGAACUGACUAACAUAACAACAAAUGACGGAGGAGACACAUACUUUGAGCUUGAUCAUUCACUGUGUUGAAUGUCUGAGUGAAUGCUCAAACUCUUAAGUACAGUAAUGUCUCCUGUGUCAUUUCUUACUAUGUUAGUUAGUUCAUGUUUUACAACUAUCAAUCAGAUUGCAAAAAGCCAAUUGUUGGCUUUCGUACAGUACAUCACCACCAACUGAAAAACUCCAUUCAGGCCAAAAAAUCCUGUGUAUAUUUUUUUUUUGUGAAAUAACUUACAAACAAGCUAACCAAAGUUUAAAAAAAAAAACACACUAUC